AUGCCUUCUUUGGGCCAGGAAUUACCCAAAAUUACUAUUGCUGAUUGCGCCUCUCGGUGUAUCGAAUCUUUCAAGGCGUGCCUCCAUGAAGCAGCAUUCGUUCAUGCUCGAGAAUUAUCGCUACUAGACAACCAGCUUGCACGGUUCUCACUCUGGACCGCAAAUGUCAAAGCGCUUGAUUCAGGCCGAGGAUGUUUAGAUUUCCGUUUGCGAGACGCAUUUGAUGUACAAGACGCCAUUGUGGGAGUGGUGGAAACAUUGAACUAUCGUAUCCUGAGUUGUAUGUCUACUCUUAGUCCAGUGACAUCCAAUAGAGUAUUACCUGCUAUCAAUGAGAGAUUCGAUUCAGCCCUUCAGGAAAUUGUGGAACAAAUUACUAUCCUCCACAAAUUUUCAAAUGCUAUUCGCAGAGCGAGUAGAGAGUCUCAAAAUCUCAAAGCUGCGACAACAUUUAAGAUCGAAGAUGAUGUGGGCAAUGAUUUGGAGCCUUGUUUAAAAAGCGUCUUCGCUCAUUACAUACGCGAUCGAUUCCCAGAGGUUAGCGAUGCGAUCCAAGAGCGCCUCGUUAAUACCAUGGUAUUACGCCGCAAAAGAGUCUUUUAUCGGAGAUCUCGUUAUGGUCAAUCUCCCGCCAAAGUCGCAGAACGGCCGAUACUUGCCGGCCCAACGCGGCCUUCGAUCCAAAUCAACGCAUUAGCAGCUGAUCAACAUCAUGAUGAGAGUCCAUCGACAAAUAUCUUACCGCCUCGAACCAUUGUACAAUCGGUAACACAAACAGCGACGACAUUCUCUCCCUCAAAUUUUCAAAGAGCCUCAACUCCAUCUGUUGUCUCAGCGCUAAGGAGUAUUGUGAUAAGCGAUUACGGGAAUGCUCUUCCGUUCCCGCCUGCGCCAUGUGGCAAUAUUAUGCGAAACUCUUCUAAAGACCGACUUCUACAAAAUCAUGAUGAGCAUAUUAGUCAGGAGUACAAGGAAACUCUAGAGGCGGACUGGAACGAUAUUCUUAAAGAGGCUGGAGAAAUCAAUUGCCCUUUUUGCUUCUUGAGCUUACCAGCUCGGGAUGUUGUUGACGAGAAGAAAUGGAAGCUACAUGUGAAAAGCGAUCUGGACCCAUAUGUCUGCUUAUUUGAGGAUUGCGAUUCGCCUGGAGAAUUAUAUAGCCAUAACAGUACAUGGCUUAAACAUAUGCGUUCACAUAAUUUGCGAUGGCGCUGCAUAUCAAAGUCUCAUUCAAAUUUUCAAUGCAAUACUAAAGGUGAAUAUAUCAACCACAUAAAAGUUUGUCAUCCCGACAAAUUUACCGAUGAGCAACUCGAUAUCUUGGCUAUUAAGAACGCUCGGACGGCUAGCCCUAUGUUCAAGUCUUGUCCAUUAUGCAAUAGCGAAGACGUUACCGGUAAGAUGGAAGACCACAUUGUGGGACACUUACUUCUCCUUGCGCUCAAGUCUCUGCCCAGCUACGAGGAGCCCACAGAGGAGCAGACUUGGUCAGAAGGCGAGCAAUGUGAGCUUUCUUCAUCAAGUGCGCGCACCAGAAGCACAAUCGAGCAGAUGUCGGAAUGUUCUUCAUCCUGGGGUGGAUUUCGUAACUACGUCUCCCAAUUUGCUGACGGCACGACACUCCCCCGCCAAACUCACGACUCAUCUUCGCCAGCAAUCCCACACUUUGCCCCACCGCCUGAAAUCACGGACACACCUAAUCACUAUGAUCCGUCUAUAGAGUUUAUUGAGUAUCGCUUAUUUGACAACAUUGAUAAGGCGCACUAUCGUGUCUAUGAAUGGGGAUUCUUGCCCAAUAUUCAUCAAACAUACAUGGAUCCUGACGAUCCGAUCAUAUCGGCGUUUGCGUUACGGCAACCUAAUAUGCGAAAGACGAUGGCCAUGAUAGACCCAGACUGUGCCAUAUGUCAUUCUCCGGCCCCCUUGGAAUGCGAUUGCGAGGCAAAGCUACUUGAAUUUGCUAUCAAACAUUCCGAAGAAAAGAUUAUGGCGAGAAUUUACCGAGAUAUAAGGAUGUGGGCAACUGGUCAUGCACAAGAUCUGAUCCUCGAACAUUUCAAAGAAUACCUGGAACAGCCAUUGAAUCCUGAAAACUCAUUGCAAGAGCAAGAACAAAAGGUUGAACUAGAAGAGAUUCCCAAACACCACGAACAAGACCAUCAAGAACAGGAUCAUCCAAAACAAGAUCAUCAAGAGCAGGGUCAUCAAGAGCAGGGUCAUGAAAAGAAACGCGAUAAAAAGGUCCGUACGCAAGGCUAUCAAGAGAAAGAUUGCAUAUCUCCGGAACGCCCUGAACAGGCUCAAAAGCCUUCACAACGGGAUAUAAAUGAGGCCUGGCAGGCUGCGUUUCAGGGCUAUCCUGAAGCUUUAGAAUAUUACUUUUCAACAGUCGAAUUGACGCUUCCUGCUGACGAUGAAGUUGCAAUACGAGAUCCACCGUCCCUUCGCGGGAAAAAUUCCGGACAAGAGUCCAGAAAAAUUAGUCAAGAUUAAAGCAAUAAAUUAC